AUGGGGCGCACGAAAUUGACAACAAUGGUGGGCUUGGCAUUCUUGGCCACAUUGGUUGUGAUGUUACCUCAAGUUUAUGCUAAAAGAUUCAUUGUGGGUGGAAAUAUGGGCUGGACAUCUAAUGUUAAUUACACUAUUUGGGCUGCAAAUCAAACAUUCUACUUUGGAGAUUGGCUUUUUUUUGUGUAUGACAGAAACCGGGAUGACGUAUUGGAAGUCAACAAGACCAGCUACGGGACUUGCAACGCUGAGCAUCUGAUUCACAACUACACGACAGGAGCUGGAAGGGAUGUAGUGCCACUUAAUGUCACCCAUGACCGCUACUUCAUUAGUAGCAAAGGCUCUUGCGAUGGUGGCAUGAAACUUCAUGUACAUCUCACUCCUUUGCCACCACCACCAGGUGGCGCGCCUAGUGACUCUCCAAAAUCCUCCAGUGACUCAGCACCAAGAUUCAAUGUUUUAAAAAGCCAAUUAAUAAUGCUACAUGCUAUUGUCACCAUUGUAGUCAUAUGGGAUUCACUUUUGAGUAUCUGA